CAACAUCCAUACCAAUCCCCCGCGACAAACACCAACAGCCAAAAUGGCCCGCCACACAGCUCCGCCUCUUCAACCUCCACAACAUCCCGCCCUCUCUCCGCAGUAGUACCCCCCUACUGGCGGCGACACGAGCGCAACGCCUCGCACGCCUCACAGUCAUCGCUGAACGUCGCAGCGCAUAUCACCCUCGAAGACCAUACCGCUGACCCGAACUCGGAGACGAGUCGCGGGCUGUGGGCGAGUAGCGUUGCGAUUGAUGAUCAUGUUGUCGUGCGCGGUAUGACUGGGGUUGGGUCGUAUGUUGUGUGGAAUUGUACGGUUCAGACACUUGAUGGUGGCCCGAUUGUUGUUCGGAUGAGAUAUUCCGAGUUUGAUGAUUUGCGUCAGCGGCUGGUUGAUUCUUUCCCGCAUGCAAGGAGUGCAUUGCCUGCAUUGCCGCCGAAAAGCGUUAUCUAUAAAUUCCGACCCAAAUUCCUGGAAUCAAGACGUGUGGGCUUGGAAUAUUUUCUCAAGUGGGUGUCUCAUCGCAUCUACAUGAUUACCAUCCUUUCAUUCUCUAGACCAACCACUGACUCCCUUCCAGCUGUGUCCUUUUAA